AUUUAUAGUCUCUCUCUAUUUAUAUAUUAUGUAAUUUGCCUCUCCUCAUGUUAGUUACAAAUUCCUUUUCUUUUCUCAUUUAAAUUAAGGUAGUAGUGGAAUAACCAAAGAAGAAGAAAGAGAUAGAAAAAAGCAAGAGAGAGAGAGAGACACAAACAUAAACACAAACAUAGAAGAGGAUGAUAAACACAUCCUCUGUUUUCAUUCCAAAUUCCCAUUGAAAAAAAAAAUCAUUUUUUUCACAUGCCCAUCAUUUUUUCAGCAUCUAAAUCUUCAUAUGAUAUUUUGGUUGGUGUUUUGAUUGAUGCUGGGAAGAUCCGAUGCUCUUAGAUCGAAUUUGACAAAACCCACUUCGUGUUUGAUCGAAGCAACAACUGGGUUGUGUCUGAAUUUUCAGAUAAGGUUUGUUUUUCUGAUAGAUUCUUUUGAUGUGCAUUUUCUGAUCGGUUUUGCUCUGCUUUUAUUUUGUUAAAGAUUUGAUUUUUAUGUGAAGAUUGUGCUGAAUUAUGAUGCAUUUAGAUUGAUUCCUUAACUGGAAUUGUGGACAUCAUUGAUUGAUUUAGAUGUAGUUGUUGAUUUCUGAUUUGAUUUUGGUUGUUUGAUUUGAAUUGAGAUGAGAAUUAUGACUCAAAGUAGGUGUUUUUGUUGAAUCUCGAUAUCGAAUUUAGUGUUUGAUGGUUAAUAACUUGUUGUGAUUGGUAAUUGGCACAGAUGGAAUCGGAUCUCGGCAAGCUCUUCAUUGGAGGAAUAUCUUGGGACACUGACGAGGAACGUCUCAGGGAGUAUUUUGCGACGUAUGGGGAGGUAAUUGAGGCUGUGAUCAUGCGGGAUCGCGCAACAGGUCGUGCUCGUGGUUUUGGAUUCGUUGUCUUUGCUGAUCCUGCUGUUGCUGAGAGAGUCAUUAUCGAUAAGCACAUAAUCGACGGCCGCACUGUUGAAGCAAAGAAAGCUGUUCCUAGGGAUGAUCAGUACAAUAUAACCAGACAGACUGGUAGUGUGCAGGGAUCGCCUGGUCCCGGUCGUACAAAGAAGAUUUUUGUUGGAGGCUUACCAUCAACAAUCACCGAAAGUGAUUUCAAGAUGUAUUUUGAUCAAUUCGGUACAAUUACUGAUGUUGUAGUUAUGUAUGAUCACAAUACACAAAGGCCAAGAGGUUUUGGCUUCAUCACAUAUGAUUCAGAAGAAGCAGUCGAUAGAGUUCUUUACAAAACAUUUCAUGAACUCAACGGAAAGAUGGUUGAAGUCAAGAGGGCAGUUCCGAAAGAACUUUCACCUGGUCCCACCCGAAGCCCAUUGAUAGGAGGAUAUAACUAUAGUUUGAACAGUAGAGCUAGUAGCUACCUAAACAAUUAUGGUCAGGGUUAUAGUAUGAGUCCAAUAGGAGGAUAUGGAGUCAGAAUGGAUGGUAGGUUUAGUCCACUUACUGGUGGCAGAACCGGUUUUACCCCUUUCGGAAACACCGGUUAUGGAAUGGGGAUGAACUUGGAUUCGGGAUUGAGCCCAAAUUUUGGAGGAAACUCUAAUUUCGGGAACAAUUUAGGUUAUGGUCGGAUAUUUAGUCCUUUCUAUAGCGGAAACUCGAGCAGAUAUGCUACACCAAUAGGCUAUAACGGGGGUAGUGGAAGAGGCGAUUCUCUUAUGAACUCGACUUCUAGGAAUGUCUGGGGCAAUGGUGGUCUGGGUAAUGCUAAUAACCCCGUCAGCCCUGGUGCGUUCUUGGGAUCUGGAAGUGGAGCUUUCGGUGUUUCCAUUGGAAACAGCGGCACAAACUGGGGUCCUUCGAUUCCGGCUCAGGGUGGAGGAGCUGCUUCUGGCUAUGCUACUGGGAAUAAUGUUUAUGAAGGUGGAGAUAGCAGCUUUGGAUUAGGUGCAGCAGGAUAUGGAAGAAACAGCAAUGCAGUUGUGAAUCCAUCCUCCACAUUUAAUGCAUCAGCCGGCGGUUAUGACGGAUCUUAUGGAGACUUAUACCGCAGUGGCAGCGGUUCAGUUUACAAUGACUCUGCUUGGAGAUCUGCUGCUUCUGAGAUAGAUGGUUCUGGUUCGUUCGGUUAUGGUCUUGGCGGUAUUGCAUCAGAUGAUCCUGUGAAGACUUCUGAGGGCUAUAUUGGAGGCUACAAUGUUGCAAGUAGACAACCUAAUAGAGGUAUCGCUGCUUAGGAGAUAUGUAAUUUGGAUAUGUAAUGGUAGCAGUAGAUCAAGGGAAACUGUUUACAAGUAAUGAGGUAUUGUGAAUUCAUACAUCUCCAUCACUUUGAGAGAGAUAUAUAAGCUCACAAGGAAAUUUGUCAUAUAAUAGCUAACGGUGUUCUUUCAUUUGAACUAUACAUAUUCAAAAAAACAAAGCAGUUACAAGUGAUUUUGUGUAAGGCGUGGUGGUUUUUCCCUUCUUUUUUUCCGGUCCUUUUUUCAGUUUUCAAGACAUUAGGUUCCUUUUCAUGGAAGUCAAUUGAGGUGUAAAAUCAUAUCGCGGGAUAUAUACUAAGGAAGAUUUAUUCCAUGAUAGUGUAAUAGUUGCAUCUCCGGCGAUGCAUGUUGCGUCGUUGUUUAGUUUGUUUGAUGAUGAUAUGAUAGAGUAAUUGUUAAAUUUUGAAUUUCUUUGUUUCUUUUAGCAAAGGUGUUUGUUUUUGUCACCUUUUUAUGGUAUAUGUAACUUUGAUAAAAAAAAUUGUAAGUGAGGUUCAGUUUGAUUUAUAUAUCAUCAAGUGUGAAAAAACAUGAGUGGGAUUCCUAUAUAAGGUCCCCAUCAAAUAAUCAAGUUUCUGAACAAUUUUAUUA